AUGAUUAACUGCGCAUGUGCAGAUCAUGGCAAAUGUAAAAAUAUAAAGAUUGUAACAGCAAGUGUCAGCAAAGACGAUAUGGGGGGUUUGUGGCAUCUGUGUCUUUUUUCUCUGUGCACAAUUGUACAUAGUGCAGAUCAAUACGACCCCUGCAAAACGGCAUUCACUCUUGAAAAAAUGGAGCAAAGAGUUAAGGAAAAUCGUAUUCACGACUGGACUUUGAUGCUGUGUGAUCGGUACUCAUUGGGGAACGGCCGCUGGGUCAGAGCUGAUGCACAGGACUUAUUACAGACCGAACCAACACCAGAUGAAUGGUGUGGAACUCGCUAUCCAAUUUGGAUGAAAGAGCCUCCUCCUGAAUUCGUUGGCGAGGAAGUUGAAAGGGACGCAUGCGUCGUGGGACUGCAGGAUUCGUGUGCCGAAACACUGCCGAUCAAGAUCAAGAAAUGUGUUGAUUACAAUGUCUAUUACCUGACUCCCCCAACAAGUUGCUACAAGGCGUACUGUUUCCAAUAUUCUACCAACGGUAUUCCACCAACUGAUGUGGUGGAACGACCCGUGGUGCGCCACCAAUUUGUCAGGGUGGAGGGCAAGACAGCAAUGCAGGAACUACAAUUCGUCUGUUCCUUUACUGCCAAAGAAUUCGACUACUACUAUCAGGUGAAGUGGUAUAUAGACGGCAAUCCUCUUGUGAUGAAAGAUGCCGUCCAAAAUAAGUCCAUAAGAAAUACAGAUCUGGGUUAUGACGAUAAAGAUGAAACAAAGGGAUAUCGGAAGCUUGGCAUCAACAUCAAGUGCUCGGUUCGGUUAAAAAAUGUACCAGACGGUGUGCCCGGACCUUUCUCGGAGAUAAGUAAAAAUUUCUUUGCUGGCAUACAAGUCACUUCCACUAGAGUUAACAUCAAAAGAGACAAACCAGAGGGGCAUAUUGAAGUCAAGUUAACAGUUCCUUUCGGUUGUCCUUUCAUGCCAAAUGGCAGUGUAGAAAACUGUGGGUUGGAUAUUGAGAUGAACGUUCCAAGAGAUCCGGAAAAAUGUUCUUCAGUAAUAAAAUCUGCAAAAACUUUAAUAAGUCAAGGAAAAAAUUGUGGGUUUAGAAUUUUCCAAACGACUUGGUAUAAAAAAGUCACCAUUCCAAUUGCAUUCAUUGACACGCCAGAAUACGAUUUGGUACUUCCGGAUUCACCAGAAGGCGCUUUCCGGAUUGGAAUGAUAACUGGACAGAAGGAAGGAAGUCCGGAGUGGAGCGGGAUCGAGCUCGAGAAUGUUUAUGUUUAUAUUUCUCAGAGCCCUGGUAUCUGGCAAGGCAAGGAAUGUCACGCCGUGAAUGAUCCACACAUGCUGACGUUUGAUGGAAGGAAAUACGAAAAUCAAAACCAUGGAAGAUUCGUUCUCUACUGGGGAAAGAGAAAAGGUUUUCCUAUGGAGGUUCAGAUUGAGACAACAGCGUGUAACAGGGGACGUGGACGUCCAACAUGGGACCCCUUCUGUGUCUGCGCUGUAGCCGUACGGGCGGGGGCGGACGUUUUUGUCAUUGAUCGAUGUCCAUAUAAACCCAUACGGAUUAAGUACAUGUCCUGCAACGAGAACCUUUUAGACGCCCGAAAACUUGACGAAAAAAACUAUAGAAUAUACUUUCCGAGUGGUACGUAUGUUCAAGCAGUGUUGGAGGAUUACCCCACAGAUAACGUACGGACAGUCAACGUACACGUGUAUCCGUCCAAAUCAGACGAUAAACUGACGGGCGGACUGUGUGGAACUCUGAACGGGAAUAUAUGGGAUGAUUUCAUGGACAGGGGCGGUAAUUUACUGUGGAGUACUGAAGCAUUUAAUCAACAUUGGAGGCUCAGCUGGGCUGAGUUUUUGGGAAACAUGAACGAGGACCAGUUGAAUGCUUUGCCUCGCUGGAAACACGAUGUAUUCUACUGUACAUGUCCACAUGAACACGUACGCGGAAACAAACCAGAAAAAAUUCGCGAAUGCUCUGAGGACACCAUUGUAAAAUGUGCCAAGGAGGACAACCCAGCACUAAAUAAAAAUAACUGUCAAAUCCGGAAUAAACGGUCUGCUGUUAAACCGUUCUCCUACAAAAUGUUCCAGAGACAAGACAUUCAAUUGAGCGAAUUCACAGACACCGAAGAGAUAAAUAUAUCAAGGACGAAGCGUGAAGCGGAAGUUAUUUGGACGCGGAAAAAAGCAAGCGAUUUUUGCAAUAACUUUAUCAAACAAUCUCAGACUUACAAAGCAUGUAGUCGAGUUCCAGGUGUAUCUCCUGACUCUCUCAUAGAAAACUGUGUCUUGGAUAUCAUGAUGACCAAUUCCACGAUUUGGGCUGGAGGGAGUCGAGAGGCUUUGAGAACAACUUGUAUGAAGGAAAUUUCUCAGAAUACCACACUUAAGGCAGUUACAGAGGAAGGAAAGCCGUCCAUAGCAGAACAAGUUAAAAAGAAAACCUGUACAAAUGAAUGCAGCGGACAUGGAAUCUGUAUUAAUGGAACAUGUGAAUGUGAUGAAGAAUUUGGAGCUAAGGAUUGUUCCAUGGACCUGAACAAACCCCCACUAGUGUAUGGAGUAAACAUUGAGGAGGGAGGGCUCUGUGAUAAAAGAGCCUGCCAGAGGGCCCUGGUGGAAGGCUACGGGUUUCUAGAUAUGCACACCCUCAAAUGCUUGCUGACAGUUUUCCAUGUUACAGAAAACAAGACAGUAGUCGGUGAUUUCAUAGAGUACAUGGUUCAAGCUGAACACGACAGUAUAGCCGAGGUGUUCUGUCCCCUUGGACCGGCCAGGAGAAGACGCUCUGUCCCCCGGGGGUUCGUACAGGGAAUCACCCUCUCCGUGGCCAACAACGGCCGUAACUUCAGCACACAUCACACUAUCUUUGUGCUGGACGGGGUCUGUCAGGACACGGUCAAUGUGUCCGGGGAUAUCCAGUUCACUCUCAGGGUAGGAUAUUGUUACAUCAAUGGAAAAUGUUAUGGUGAUGGCAGCAUCCAUGAAACUGAGGAAUGUUUAGCUUGUAACACCGAAAAGAAUACCACAGAAUGGAGCAAAGUAGAUGGAUGUGAAUUAGUGACGGAGGCCGUUGAUGACAAACUGGAAGUAAAUGGAAAUCUCAAACCAGAAGGAGACAGUUUUCCGACAACCAUUGUGGUCACAGUUCUAGUGAGUGUUCUGGUGCUGGCGGCCUUGGUAACAUCUGUGGUCCUAUACUUCAAGAUGAAACGCUCGGCCAGCUUUUCAUUAAAAUCAGAGGCCUACAAAAACAUGGAAAAUAGAUAUUAAAAAGUACCUUUAAAGUUUGUACCAUCUAUUGUGUACUGUGUGUGAUAAAUGACCCGAUUCUUUGAUCGCUGAACUCUUCGUGUAAACCAUACCCUCGUUCUUUUAUUAAAAUCGUGUACUGAAGUAUUCAAUAACAUAUAGAUAUGCAGAUAGAGUUUUGUUUUUGUAUUAGAUUUAUGUGUUCCAUUAUUGAUUACUCAAACUAAUAUGUACAAUUAUAGUAAUGGUAUAUUACGUUUAUAUAUGUGUAAAACUAGAAUGAUACCCAUGUGUAAUUAUAUUUUUGCUAACAUAUAAUUUUCAAUUAUAUUGUUUAUUACGUGUUCUUAUUACAUGUAUCAAAUAUUCAU